AUGAAUAUCCCAAGAUGGGCUAAAAUUAGCCUGGGUAUCGCGGUCGCAGUCUUGAUCUACAACACAAAUGUAUUCGUUCGCCACCGAUACGGCCACGUCAAAUGGCUUGAAACUCAUCCACUGCAAGUCCAUGGCGAUGGCACUUGCGCUGACUCCAUCAGAGUCUCCGAGAGUCUAAUAGAAAAAGCAAAAGGCAUGCGGCAGCAGUGUCAGAACUCGGCUUCGCCUCUACGAGCAUAUGGAUCCUGGGGAACACGAAUUGCAACAGCGACAACACACUUCUCUAAUCCCGACAAUCCCCAGAGAUUUUUCCAAAAGGGCAUAGAAACACACAUUCUGCACAGUCUGAUACAUGGCUCGCGAUUACAUGUCUUGUGCACGCCAAUCAUUGAUCACAUGUGGAACAAGCAAGCGUUCGUUCAAUCGAUUCUUCUGCAGGAACUGGCAAAACCGCCACAGGAACGCCUCGAAUGGAUAUUCUGGGCAGAUCGAGAUACCGUCAUUUUAGACUAUUGCCGCAACCCUGCCAGCUAUAUCCCUGCAAAAUCGCAUAGAAGCUACAACGCAGCCACAGAACCGACAAGGGAGCAAAAUCUCAACUUGCUCAUAACCCAGGACACGAGAGGCCUAAAUGCUGGCGUCUUUCUUAUCCGCGUAUGUGAUUGGAGUGUCAACUUUCUCAGCGACGUGAUUGCCUUUCGGCAUUUCAAGCCCGACGUCGAACUUCCAUUCGACGAGCAAACCGCAAUGGAGCAACUUCUUCAGGAGGACCGAUAUAAAGACAAUGUUGCGUACAUCCCGCAGCCUUGGAUUAACACAUAUGCAUGGGAUACAGCGGAGGACUUUAUGAACAGAAAAGACGUCGAAGGCCUCGACGACUGGGCGGCCCGGAAAGGGGACUUUCUCAUUCACUUUGCGGGAAAUUGGAACAAAGAACUGAACCUUGUUGAAUAUGCGGAUGUUGGAGAGAAGAUGUUCAAUAUUUGGCAGACAAGAGACAUCCUGCGGGACGUAAGCAUGGAUAUUGACUACUUCUGGGGGAACUUCAGCAAUGGACAGGGCUGA